GCGGGGACCACAACUGUGUCACUGUGCUGUCAGCAGCUCUCGGAGGUAGUUGUACCACUUCAAUGAACCAAUUGUGUUUGGGACUCUUCCAGCUAAGCAUGGGAGGACGGAGGAUGGCAAGAGAUGAGGAAAACGCCUGGGGUUACAAAGACAGCACGCGGGACUGGCAGGAGCGCAAGCUGAGGCUCAUCCUGGCAGGGAGGACAGGGGCGGGGAAGAGUGCCACUGGGAACAGCAUCCUGGGCCAGAGGUACUUCCAUUCAAGGCUCGGGGCCACCUCGGUGACCAGAACCUGCAAGGUGGGGAGCUGCAGGUGGCGUCAGUGGCAGGUGGAAGUCAUGGACACCCCAGACCUUUUCAGCUCCCAAGUCCCCAAGACAGAUCCGGGAUUCCAGGAGCGGACUCGCUGCUACCUGCUGUCGGCACCAGGACCCCACGCUGUGAUCCUGGUGACUCAGCUGGGCCACUUCACGAAGCAGGACCAGCAGGCCCUGAGCGCACUCAAGCACCUGUUCGGGGACCACGUGACAACCUGCACCAUUGUGCUGUUCACCCACAAGGAGGACCUGGCUGGGGGCUCAGUGCAGGAGUUCGUGCGUGACACGGACAACUGCGCACUUCGGAGGAUGGUCACCGAGUGCGGGGGCCGAGUGUGCGCCUUCAACAAUCGGGCAGUGGGCCCGGAGCAGGAAGCCCAGGUGCAGGAGCUGCUGGGGCUGGUGAAGCGCCUGGUGGGGAACCACUCCAGUGCCCCCUUCACCAACAACGUGUACCACCUUGCACAGGCACUGGCCAAUGCGGACCCAGAGGAGCAGAGGCACAGGGUGGCGGAGAAACUUGCCAGCCUCACUCAUGGCUGGCAGGGAAGCCAGCUACUGGGCCAGCUGAGGGCUUGGGUGCCGCCUGGGAAGAUGUGCGCGGCCCUGGUGCUAGGUGCUGUGUUCUUCUUGCUCUGCCGGCUGCUCACCUGACAAGGGCCUGAGCCCCUAGUUGGUCUGGAGUGACAGGCUGUAAACAGGACUGUGACUGGUCAGCUGACCAUCACACUCACCCCUGGUGUCUGUGCCUCCAGGGUCUACAGGCUUUGCUUGUGUCCCUCACUUGGCAGUAAUCUACCAACGACAAAGUCCUACCAGGGCCCAUUGCCAGCCUCCCCGCAAACCCUGCCCCUGUGACCUGGCCUCUCUGGGCUCCUUUCCUACUUAAGCCAAAUAACUGUUGUUGCUUUUCCUGGUUUCCACUGACCUCAGGCUGCCAUUAUGUGUUAUUGAAUCAGCCCCCAUCUCCUCACAGGACCAAGGUUUAGAACCCACACAAACCCUCAGUCCAUUCCCAUUUGUUUCAGUUGACCAUGAAUUGAGUGAAUAAAUGCACUGGACGUUCA